AUGAAAUCUAUUCAUCAAGUGAAUAAUAUUGGAGACCGCUUUAUGUAUCCAAAAAAUAAUGUAGCUAGAAUAAAUUCAAUAAAUAACGGAAAAAAUGAAUAUAAAAUGAGUAAGAAUUUCCAAAGGAAAAUGGAAGAAUCAAAUAAAAGCAUAAAAAAUCAUAAUUAUGAGUAUUUAGAUGCUACCCAUUUGGAAAUGUUAGAUUUAAACAAAAAUGUUCAAAAUCUUUUGCCAAAACCAAUUAAGCCAUCUAUAAACUUAGAAAGUUUGUGUAAAGAAACUAGUGCUACUUUAAAAAAUAAUAGUACAUUGAGAAGUAUAAAAAAUAUAGAAGAACAACAAAAAAAUAUAAAACAUUUUUAUGAAUUGGGAUCACCUCAAAUUAUAGGCACAUAUAUUCAACCAUUAAAUAAAAAUCAAAAUAAUGGUAUCAAAAAUGAUAAUUUGGAAAACAAUGGUUUUCCUUUAACAUCACCGUCAUCUCCAUUUUUUCAACCACCCAAUUUUUCUACGAAACUAAUUCAGCCGACUAAUCAAUUUUUGCCUUUAAAUUUAAAUAAAAGUACAAACAUUUAUGAUUUACCAUCUUAUUUAAUUCCUGAAAAUAAGCCUCAGAGUUUAACUGUUACAGUUGUUCCUAACAAAGAUAAAGAUAUUUUAGAGAAAGAAGCAAAACAUCUAAAAUUAUUACUAGACAAUUCAUCUCAAGGUAUUGUUAAUUCUACACCUGAUUAUCAAAAAAUAAUUUCUUCCAAUUUAUCAAAUAAUAACGAUAAAGAAAGUGACUUCAGCUUUGGAAAGCAUGAAAAUUUGGAACAUACACAAGAUGAAUACAGCUAUGAAAAUAUUACAGACAAUAAUUACAACGAUUCAUUAAUUAAUGAAGAUUACGAUAUGAAUAAUUACAGCUGUUACAACCAAAUGAAUGAACUCAUGAGCCAUUCAAAUUAUAACAAUGAAAAUGAAUUUAGCUUAGGAUCAAAUGAAAAAUUAGAAAAAGAAAAUAAAAAAUUAAAUCUACAAAAAGAUAAUAUAAAUAAUUUAAAUAAAUUAAAUGAAACAGAAAAGGAUAUUAAAAAGGCUUCUCCAUCAAAAAAAGCAGAAUCAACAAAAAAAAAGGAAUCCAUUUAUAUGUCAAAAAAACAUGAGCCAUCAAUAUGUUUUAAAAACCCAAAGACAUAUAUAAAUAUUCGUUUAGGGAGACCAAAAAAGUUUUAUAUAACUAACAGUUCUGAUCCAAUUGAUAAAAAAUUAAGAGAUUGGCAUAAUACACAUAAUAGUCAAAUAGGAUGGAAAAAGAACAGAAGAGGUGUUUAUACCUUUGGAAAGACGGAAGUUGCUUUAAGUUUGGUUCACGAUAAAAUUAUAGUUAAGAAAAUUAAUGGAAAAGAUAUUAAAGAUAAUCUAUUAACUGUUGAAAAAUUUGUUUCAUUAAAUGAAUUAUAUGAACUUCAACAAGAGGAUAAUAAUAGUGAAUUAAAAAUAAAGAACAAGGAAAAUUGUUAG